CAGCCUCUCACAGUCCACCUCGACACAGACUGAUCUCACGUGUUUGUUUUAACUUGAGGUAAAGGCACCUAUCUCAGUUAAUAGCUUAGUGCCAAGUGUGUGUGAUGCUAAGAAGCAGUGCUGGGAGGUGAACUCCGGUAUAAAACAGGAUUAGAACGGGUCUUUCUACCGCGGAGUGAUGCCUCGUUCUUUCUUGGUGAAGCGAGGUGGGCUUCACCACCUUCGGCCCGUAGCAAGAAGCUCCAGUCCUCGAGCCACUGCGGUAAUGUUCAGUGAACUGGAAAAAAGGACGGAAGCCUGGGAUACAUCCCUGGAGUACACCACAGCAAAGACAACUGGCGAUAAUGCGGUCACCACUCUAUUAUUACAGCAGGACUACAGCUUCUCUAAUGAAAACGGCAGCCUUCACCCAUUCAGUCCUCAGUCAUACGACCACAGUUCUGCUGAGCCCUGCAGUCCUGUCAACGCAAAUAUUUUUAGCCAAGUGAACCAAGUCGUUUCUCCGCCUCCCACGGCAGAAGUACUGUCGAGUCUUCAGGUGAGCUCCGGAUAUCCAGACAAACUGUCAUCGGGGCUGGGAGAGCUGACUGAGCACCAUCCGAUCCUGAGAGAGACCAGGAGCAGCGCUCCGAGACAGGAGUGCCCACUCUGUUGCAAGAUAUUUUCAUGUCUGUCAAGUCUGAAAAGUCACAUUUGCAAGAGUCACGGAAGCAGAGCUCGCGUGUCAGCGGCACACAUCAAGUCCAGCAGGGCUGGUAAUGAGCAGGCGUCCGGCAGGGGCAAGGAAAGGACGUUCAGCUGUACGGUCUGUGGAAAAGUGUUCAAGCGCUCCUCCACCCUCUCCACUCAUCUGCUCAUUCAUUCAGACACCCGGCCCUAUCCCUGCCAGUACUGUGGCAAACGCUUCCACCAGAAGUCUGACAUGAAGAAACACACCUUCAUACACACAGGGGAGAAGCCCCACGUGUGUAAGAUAUGUGGCAAAGCAUUCAGCCAGAGCUCCAACCUCAUCACCCACAGCCGUAAACACAGGGACGACAGGCCCUACCGCUGCCCUCGGUGCCUUUACAGCUUCCAGCACAAAAUGGACCUGCGGCAGCACCAGGACCACCACUGCACCUACCGCUGAUUCUGGCUCAGUCACGACUUCAACCUUCUCAACCAGGAGAAACAGGAAGUGGGACAUAAAUCUACAGACUGUGCUGUUCUCAAGACCGGGUUUAAUAGUUCAUGCAAAGCUGUGUAUAGUGUAACAGUUACAUUAUGUACCCUGGACAUGAGUUCAGGUUAAGCAUACUGGGGUGAGAUACGAUGUUAGGGGUCUGGGUGGGGUUCCUCUGGGAGGGCAUUUUGAGUCUCAGCAUUGUAGUGAA